AUGACAGCCGCUACGCAGGUCGCGCCACCCGACCUCUCUGCGCUCCUCACACCCAUUCUCCCUGCCCUACCUCCCGCGGCCGCCUCCUCGGACCCGGCACCGGGCAUUCUGCCCUUUCUCGCGCCUAUACUACGGCAGCGCGUGCAGAUCCUCUCUUCCGCCUCGCAGGAGCCCUGGCUACGGCUGCUCUGCUACGACACCGCCAAGGCCCCGCGCCUUACCGAGUUAAUUGCCUCGAGCAGUAGUACCUUGGAACCGCACCCUGUGUCGGGCGAGGUUGAGGUCGACUGGGCCUAUGACGCCGAGACGCGCUUCCGCCGUGUCGACCGCGAGACCCUGCAGUGCCUCGUCGCCCUUGUCGAGACGGGGCUGGCCUUUCAGCUCGUAUACUGCGUCAACGACCCGGACGGCGGCGCCGAUGGCUGGCGCAUCGGCGAGGUCACCGUCGCGGACAAGCCCACGCCAUUUGCCCGGUUUGGCGGCGCCGCGACAAUCCCAGACGCUGAGCGCCUUUUCCAGGAGACGACAGCUGCAGCCAAGACGGACGUGACGAAAUCGUCAUUGACGCCGGUUCCUGUGCAAAAUCACGACGACGACGACGAUGAUGAUGAUGGGUACUGGGACCGCUACGAUGCGACGCCUGCGCGGACACCGGCCAACAACCGCUCUCCCGCCCCACCGUCUGCCACCAACGGGGGCACCGGCCUCUACAACGGCCACGCUACGGCGACGGAUAAGGACGAGGACGACUACUACGCGCAGUACGACGACGUCCAGCCUGCCAUGGACAACCACGACCCCGACGAGGAGGCCCAGGCUGCGCAGCUCGACCCGCCUGCCACGGGGUUAUCCCCGCUCGCCGAGCAGCUGCGCCGCGAGAGCUGGGAGGCUGUCUGCAAGCAGCCGUCCAACCACAAUGGCAGCGGCAGCGGCGUGCGCGAACGCAGCACCAGCUCCGAGGAGCGCAUCCUGCUGCAGCACCCGCGGCCCGAGUCGAGCGCCUCAUCCACCGGCUCCCAUACCGUCGCCAAGCUCGAGGCCGCCGCGGCCGCCGAUGCGGGCGGCGGUAUGCGGGAGCAAUCCGAGUUUGGCGUCAGGCAGCACGUCUCGCGCAGCAUCCGCAGCUUGUUUCAGCUCUCCCGCAGCAUGGGCAUUGGCCGCGAAGAGUUUGAGCAAAUGGUCAAGACGGAGCUCGACGUGCUGAGCAUGAUGGAAGAGUAG